GCCGGGCCGGCGGUACCAUGGUCUGGAGUGGGCGCCUGGCUCUGGGGGCGCUGCGGGCCCCGGGGCUGGGAACCUGGCCCGGCUGGCUGCGGGGCUCCGGGCCCACCGUGCUUCGCCGGUUGCGGGGUGCGGCAGUGGUGCGGCCUGGCUUCUUGAGCUCAGCAGAGGAGGAGACGCUGAAGCAGGAGCUGGAGCCCGAGCUACGGCGACGCCGCUACGAGUACGAUCACUGGGACGCGGCUAUCCAUGGCUUUCGGGAGACAGAAAAGUCCCACUGGUCCGAAGCAAGCCAGGCCAUUCUGCAGCGUGUUCGGGCAGCUGCCUUCCCCCCAGCUCUGGCCCAGCUUCCCAUGGUUCAUGUCCUGGAUCUCCAUCAAAAUGGCUACAUCAAGCCCCAUGUGGAUAGCAUCAAGUUCUGUGGCGGCAUCAUUGCAGGCCUCUCCUUGCUCUCUCCCAGUGUCAUGCGACUAGUUGACACCCAAGAUCCUCAGGAGUGGCUGGAAUUGCUCUUGGAACCUGGGUCCCUCUAUAUCCUCAGAGGCCCUGCCCGAUACGACUUCUCCCACCAGAUCCUUCGAGACGAGGAGUCCUUCUUUGGGGAGCAUCGGGUCCCACGGGGCCGAAGAAUUUCUGUUAUUUGCCGUUCCCUCCCUGAGGGGGAACCAGGCCCUCCAUCUAAAUGACUUCAAGUUCCACCGCCACAGGCGCUUUGUAUAAAGUAUUUAUGAAUAAAGUUAGAGAAAUGAUACUUGA